CGCCGGGCUGAGGGGGUGGCCACCUGGGGAGGAGUCAGCCUGGUGGGGAAGCUACCUCGUGGGCGGGGGCCUGGGAGGCUCAGGGCUCCAGGUCGCUGGGCAGGCAGGAAGGAGCGGUGGUCCGACCCCUUACAGUCCCUCCCCUCAGCCUUUUUCCACGUUACUACUGCUCCCGGUCCCUGAGUGCUCAGCUCGGGUCACCGGCUGGUUCCUGUGGUCUCGGGAUCCGGGACUUGCACCACCCUCUUCUCCCAGCAAGGGGGCUCCAGAGACUGCGCAGCCGGGAAGUCUGGUGGCCUGGGGACUCGGACAGUGCCUUGGUAAUGUUCAGGGCUCCAGGAAGAGAUGUCCUUGUGGCUGGAGGCCCCUGUGCCUGAUGUUUCUCCUGACUCUGCAACAGAGUUGUGGAAGCUGGAAACGCAAGAUGCAAGAAGCCAGGCCCGAGGAGGCGACAGCUGCAUUCUCAGGGAGGAAGCCAGGAUGCCCCAAUCAUCUGGAGGUGCUUUGGGGAUGAGACUUGAGGCAGCAGAGCCUAAAGCCUUGCUCCCCAGAGCAGAGGCCAUUCCAGAGCCCACAGAGCUUCGCCCACAAAAACGGAAAAAGGGGCCAGCCCCCAAAAUGCUGGGAAAUGAGCUGUGCAGUGUGUGUGGGGACAAGGCUUCUGGCUUCCAUUACAACGUACUGAGCUGCGAGGGCUGCAAAGGAUUCUUCCGCCGAAGUGUCAUCAAGGGAGCACGCUAUGUCUGCCACAGUGGUGGCCACUGCCCCAUGGACACUUACAUGCGUCGGAAGUGCCAGGAGUGUCGGCUUCGAAAAUGUCGCCAGGCGGGCAUGCGGGAGGAGUGUGUUUUGUCAGAAGAACAGAUCCGCUUGAAGAAAUUGAAGCGGCUAGAAGAGGAACAGGCUCAGGCCACAUCAGUGUCCCCAAGUGCUUCCUCACCUCCUCAAGUCCUACCGCAGCUCAGCCCAGAGCAACUGGGCAUGAUUGAGAAGCUGGUUACUGCCCAGCAACAGUGUAACAGACGCUCCUUUUCAGACCAGCUUCGCGUCACGCCUUGGCCCAUUACACCGGAUCCCCAGAGCCGGGAGGCCCGUCAACAGCGCUUUGCCCACUUUACUGAGCUGGCCAUCGUGUCGGUGCAGGAGAUUGUUGACUUUGCCAAACAGCUUCCUGGUUUCCUGCAGCUCAGUAGGGAGGACCAGAUCGCCUUGCUGAAGACCUCUGCAAUUGAGGUGAUGCUUCUAGAGACAUCUCGGAGGUACAACCCUGGGAGUGAGAGCAUCACCUUCCUCAAGGAUUUCAGUUAUAACCGGGAAGACUUUGCUAAAGCAGGGCUGCAGGUGGAGUUCAUCAACCCCAUCUUUGAGUUCUCCAGAGCGAUGAAUGAACUGCAACUCAAUGAUGCCGAGUUUGCUUUGCUCAUUGCUAUCAGCAUCUUCUCUGCAGACCGGCCCAACGUGCAGGACCAGCUCCAAGUAGAGAAGCUGCAACACACAUAUGUGGAGGCCCUGCAUGCCUAUGUCUCCAUCCAUCAUCCCCACGACCACCUGAUGUUCCCCCGAAUGCUAAUGAAGUUGGUGAGCCUCCGGACAUUGAGCAGUGUCCACUCAGAGCAAGUGUUUGCACUGCGCCUGCAGGACAAAAAACUUCCCCCACUGCUCUCUGAGAUCUGGGAUGUGCACGAAUGACUGCUUUUCCUCCGUGUCUUCUGUUUGGGGCCACAUGGCUGCCACCUACUGACUGCCUCCUAGAGAUGGAACAGACUGAGAAAGGCAAACAUUCCUGGGAACUGGGUGAAAGAGACCUCGCAUGGCAUUAAAGGAGAGUCAAAGGGU